AUGUCCGCCUCAAUAUCAACCCUGAGCGGCAACAGCAAGCUCGUUGGCGCAUGCAAGAACUGCCGAGAGCGCAAGGUCAAAUGCGAUGGCUCCAAACCGAUUUGCGUCCCCUGCGGACGCAGCAAGCUGCCCGGAUGCAACGUUGCCGAGUGCAUCAUGUGGACGGACACCUAUGUGGAGGACCUCGAGGACAGGGUCAGAUGGCUGGAGAAGCUGGUCGAGGCUGCUUAUGUGGUCGAAGCUGGAGCUGGCGGCCUGGUUACCAAGGUCCGGACAGGGACGGAGCUGGGGUCGAGGCAGUUCGGCUCAGAAGCUGGGCGCAAGUCGGAUACGGUAGUCGAGGAGAUUGGACUUCUCAGUCUUCGAGGAGCGGGCUCAUAUACUGGAAGCAUGGCGGGCGUGACUAUCGCAGCUCUCGUCGCCUCGGUACUACGCUUAUAUCACCACGAGAUCGCCCCAUCCCCUUGGCCUGACCCACCUAUCUUGAUUACCCGGGUACGAGCUGCACAUCCUCCAUCGCCGCUCGCUUCCCGGUACAUCCAAGCCUACCUCUCCAUCAUACACCCCUUCUACCCCUUUCUCGACCUCUCCACCCUUGCCAUCUCAAUCACAGCGGUGUAUGAGCGCGUCGCGCUCUCCAGGCCAGAACAACCAACGCCUUUUGCUCCCGCCAGCCUUUUCCUCGUUUACGCUCUCGGAGCUCUAAGCAUUGACCGGUCCGAAUUGCCUUUACUCGACCCGCAUAGCCCAGAAGAGUACUACCUCGCCGCUGCUGCCUUUCUCCCAGCCGUCUUUGCCGAGGCCGGACUAGAUGCGGUACGCGCGGCGGGUAUGUGCUGUCUAUGGAGCACAAGGGGAUGGGCAGCAAGCGGAGCGGUGUCAGCGGAUGCGUGGCAGCUUGCCGGAUUCGGCCUACGGCUGGGCAUAUCGCUGGGAUUGACGAGAAACUCGUACAAGUGGGAUAUGCCGGAGGGGGAGCGGGAGAACAGGCGUAGGGUCUGGUGGAGCAUGUACGCUAUCGAGCGCAGAGUUGCAACUGGUACUGGGCGCGUUCUUGGCAUUCGGAAUCAAGCUAUCGAUGUUCCCUACCCGAAUAUACUAUACGACUAUAUUCCGGACAGUCUGCAGCGGUUUUUUGGCGGAGAGAGCCCCGCCAUCGACAUCCGCCCGUUGCUGUAUCUCGUCCGACAACGAGCGCUACUCGGCGAUAUCCUGGAAUGUGUAUACGUUACUCGCUCCGAAGGCAGUCCCUCCAUGUCUCCAGAGGAAACGACCAACCGAGUUGUCGAGCUCCAGGGCCGCCUGAUCGCUUGGCAAGCCGACGUCUCCGAGUACGCCCAACCCGGUACAGCUCAACAAGACGUCUUUCGGCUACUGUUCAAUCACGCCGUGCUGGUCCUACAUCGCCCCAGUCCGAGCUUUCCCACUCCGGCGGCGGAUGCGAUGCAGAUAUGCCUAAGCGCGAGCCGUAACACGAUACGUAUCGCACAUUUCGCGCUCCAGGCCGGGACUCUGGGGAGGAUAUGCCCAGGAUGGGAAGGCUAUGUUGGUGUCUUCCUGUCAGGCCUGACGCUGCUAUAUUGCUCUUGGGCUGGGACUACAUGUGCCGAUGCGGCUACGACCACUCAAGGCGACACCGAUAUUCAGCUAUGCCUGUCAUUCCUGCAGGACCUGGCGCGCCGGUACCGACUAUCAGAUCAGUACGCCAGCCUCUUCCGCCAGAUCAUGCUCGCGUUCGACAAGAUUUUGACGGCUUCGCCACUGGACGAUCUCUUUCCGGCACGUAUCGGGGGCGCGCUGCAAGGGGUCGCGAGAGAUGCCGGUUUGUCGUUGCCGAUGGAUGAGUAUAUGCAGCUGGAUGCGGAUAGCGUCGACCUCGUCAAUAUGUUGUUUGAUCCAGCUGGGGCAUGGUCUGCGUAA